CGUAGUUCUGUGGUUGUGGCUAGCUACUAGCUGCUCAUUGAAACAUCAUCAUGGCAGCGGAGUGCGAUGUGCUGUCUGAAAUCGAGGUUCUUCAGUCCAUUUACUUGGAUGAACUGGAUGUCAACAGGAGAGAGGAUGGGGGCUGGGAGGUGAGCCUGGUCUUGUACCCUUCUACAGCUGAGGACUCUGUCUCCCAGUUUGUCCGUCUCACCCUGACUUUGACACUCGAUCAGCAAUAUCCCGCCUCCUCUCCUGCCAUCUCCGUUCAUAACCCUCGGGGUCUCUCCGAUGACAAACUGAGCAGUGUCCUAAAGUGUCUUCAGCUGGAGGCUCAGUCCUGCCUGGGUUCGCCAGUGUUGUAUCAGCUCAUUGAGAAAGCAAAAGAAAUCCUGACUGAAAGCAAUAUUCCUUAUGGGAACUGUGUCAUUUGCCUCUAUGGCUUUAAGGAAGGAGAGACGUUCACUAAGACAAGCUGCUACCAUUACUUCCACUGCCACUGCCUCGGCCGCUACGUCCGCCACUCGGAGAGCGAGCUGCGACAGAGGGAGAAGGAGAUGGAGGAGGACAAGACCAGGGACAGAUCAGACCAUCAGGAGCUGACUGUGGUGUGUCCGGUGUGCAGAGAGCCCCUGACUUAUGAUGUGGAUCAGCUUCUGGCCUCUCCAGCCCCUCAGCUGCCUGAGCUGGACGGAGCAGCGAUUGGCUCAAGUUUUCAGCAGAAGUGGUGUGAGCUCCAGAAGAUUCUGGAAAGGCAGAGAUCCAAGGGAGGGAUCAUUGACCCUGAAGUGGAGUCGAAUCGUUUCCUCAUCCAUAUCAACGAGACUCCUCCUGCUGCUGAAAAUGGAAACCUGGAUGAAGACGGUCCUCCUGCUCCCCCAUUGCCCUCUGCUUCAAAUAUUUCCAUGAAUGAAACCAGUACUAGAGCGGAUAGGUUUCCUCCUGGACUGUCCCAAGGCCAGAGGCGCCCAAACCACAUAAGAGGGCAGAGAAGGGGCGGUAGGUCCAGACCACAUCAUGGGAGAGCCGCUCCGGUCACAGAACACCUGGAUAAACUCUCUCUGUCCUCAGACGCCACUGAAGGACCAACCAAAGCCAAAGCUCAGGGAAACCCCAGCCAGCAGAUGCAGGAUCUCAGUCAGUCUGAGACAAACAGGGAAGUGUACGAGCCUAAAGAGCUACCUGUGUCUCCAGGAGAUCAGCCAGUGUGCCAGGAAGCUGGGUUCUCCAAAGAUGCUGCAGACUCGGCUGGGGGCCGCAGCCAUCCCGGGAGGAGAAGGGGCCCUUACAGGCCUGCUGGGGCGCCCGGGCCUGGACACUACCACUGGGACGGACGAGCUCCAAGAGGCAGGGGAGGAGCAAAUAACCAGUACAGAGGAGGAGGGGGUCCUCGUCGGGGUCAGGGCAGGGGGUUCCAUCAAAGGGUGGUGGACAGAGACAGAGGCAGAGAAGAGGUGCUAUGACAAAGGGCGACAGGAGGGCCAAUGAACAAGUGUCCGAGUGCCUCCAUCAUCAGUUUGCAUAGAUUAAAGCCCUGCAGCAGAAAUGACAUUCAGUGUAGUGUCCUAACCUCCUGUACGUUAUUGUUCUCCUGGUCUCUGCUAUGCAUUCUCAUGCACACUAAUAUCAGAAAAAGGUGGUUGUUGCUUUUUGUUGUGGUGCAAUAUGACUUGAAAGAACUACAAAUUAAAUCUUAUCUGGA